UCGGAGCGGAGCAGCGACAAAUACCCGCACUGCAACCUCUGGCUCCAAACACCGCCGCUCACGCUCGCCUUCAGCAAAACACAGGACGGGACCGUAAACGGGGGGCUUGUUUUUCUUUUUCCCCCGUCGUGAGAAGUUUGUGCUCGGAGUUUCGGGUGUAGUUACGGGUGUAGUUGGGGGUGGGCUGCCCAGCCGAGGUCGCCGCUUGCCCCGCCGCCUCCUCCCGCUCCUCCCGCCGCCGGGGAGCCAUGGCGCUGCGAGCCCGGGCGCUGUACGACUUCCACUCCGAGAACCCGGGGGAGGUGUCGGUGCGGGAGAGCGAGGUGCUGACCCUGCACAGCGAGCAGGACAUCGACGGCUGGCUGGAGGGCAGCAACAGCCGCGGGGAGCGGGGGCUGUUCCCCGCCUCCUACGUGGAGGUCCUGCGGGGCGACGCGGGCGACGCCGCCGCCUCCCCGCCCAGCGCGGCCGGGGACACUUUCCCCGACUCCCGCUACGCCAACAUCCCCCCCGGGGGGUUUGACAGCUCCUACAAGCCCAAAGUGGAAAACUUUCCCAAGGCUUCUCCUCCGGGCUUCAGCACCUUCACGGUCCCCCUGCAGCAGCAUCCCCAGCAUCAGCACCAGUACCAGCAGCCCAGCCAGGGCAGUGAUGACGACUGGGAUGAUGACUGGGAUGACAGCUCCACCGUGGCCGAUGAGCCAGGCACCGGGGGAGGAAGGUACCAUGACUUUGAAGGGAAUGGACCCUCCACCUACAGGGUGUCAACGUCCUCCAUGGCGAGAGGUCAAGCACAGCAGGCAAAGAGCUCUGCCACCGUCAGCAGAAACCUGAACCGGUUCUCCACCUUUGUGAAGUCUGGAGGAGAGGCGUUCGUGCUCGGGGAGGCGGCCGGGUUCGUGAAAGAUGGGGAUAAGAUCUGUGUGGUGACGGGCCAGUACGGCCCCGAGUGGCAGGAGAACCCGUACCCGUUCAGCUGUGCCAUCGAUGACCCCACCAAGCAGACCAAGUUCAAGGGCAUGAAGAGCUACAUUUCCUAUAAGUUGACGCCCACACACACGCAGAACCCGGUGAACAGGAGGUAUAAGCACUUUGACUGGUUGUACGCUCGCCUGGUGGAGAAGUUUCCUGUCAUCUCGGUGCCACACAUCCCAGAGAAGCAGGCCACAGGUCGCUUUGAGGAGGAUUUCAUCUCCAAGAGGAGAAAGGGCCUCAUAUGGUGGAUGAAUCACAUGACCAGCCACCCUGUCCUGGCCCGGUGUGAUGUCUUCCAACAUUUCCUCUCCUGCACGGACGAGAAGGCCUGGAAGCAGGGGAAAAGGAAAGCGGAGAAGGACGACAUGGUCGGGGCCAACUUCUUCCUCACCAUCAGCCCUCCGGCGGCUCCGCUCGACUUCCAGGAGGUCGAGAGCAAAGUGGAUGGAUUCAAGACUUUUACCAAGAGGAUGGAUGACAGCGCCUUGCAGCUCAAUGCCACCGUUAGUGAGUUCGCUCGCAAGCAGAUCACCGGCUUUAAGAAGGAGUAUCAAAAAGUGGGAAUCUCAUUUAAGGUCCUGAGCCAGGCUUUUGAGAUGGAUCAGCAGGCGUACUCCGUAGGACUCAACCAGGCCAUCUCCUUCACUGGAGACGCGUAUGAAGCAAUCGGAGAGUACUUUUCUGAGCAGCCUAGACAGGAUCUUGACCCAAUCAUGGAUUUAUUAGCUCUUUACCAAGGACACCUGGCAAACUACCCAGACAUCAUCCAUGUUCAGAAAGGAGCCCUGACAAAGGUGAAAGAGAGCCAAAAGCACGUGGAGGAAGGCAAGAUGGACCUGGCCCAGGCAGAAGGCAUCAACGACCGCUGCAACAUCAUCUCCUUCGCCACGCUGGCCGAGAUCCAGCACUUCCACCAGAUCCGCGUGCGAGACUUCAGGGCACAGAUGCAGCACUAUCUCCAGCAGCAGAUUGCCUUCUACCAGAAGAUCACAGGGAAGCUAGAAGAGGCUCUGCACAAGUACGACGACGCGUAAUGGAUCCCUUUAUCUGCUCGGGGGCUUUGUCCCCGGUGGUGAACGGCCACGUGCCUCCCAUGGCCGGCUAGUGGUGCCCUGGCCGCCGGCCAGCACCACACCCUGCUGAAUGCUGCUUAUCCAGCACACCCGGGGAUCAGUCAGCCGUAAAAAUGAACUUUUUGACCAAGGCCGUGCCCUGGGCUUUUGUUGGGACAAAUCUUUGGGCAAAGAAAAAGUACUUUUACGAUUUUAGGCUACCUUUUUAAUAUAAACAAGGGUCUAAUUGUGUUAACUUUCAGCAACGAUGGUCCAACACUUGGUUGCGUCACAUGAGUGAAUAUAAUGUAAUCAAUGUUGUGACCUGCGGGGAGAGAUCCUUGUAUUCACUGCUGCCUACGCAUCUGGUGCGAGAUUUCAUAUAUCAAGUGUUUUUUUAAUAAAAGGCGUGACAACUAUUACGACACUGUUUUUAAACGAUGGUUGAAUUGACUGCCCGUCCAGGAGCGGCGCCGCUCUUGUGACCAACACACUGCCUUUCCUGGAACCCGACCCUCUCCCGGACAGACGGGACCGAGUCGUCCCUCACCCAGCAGCCACUGUCCCCGCCGUCUCGCUGUGCCUUCCGGUUACGCCUCUCUGGACACUUUUGUUACUAGUUACUAAAAAGCUGUAUGUACUGUUUACGUAGAGAUAUAUUGUAUUUGUUCUUACAAAAAGCCACAGGCUUUGCAGUCGUUGGGGUCAAAAGAUCACUGUGCUUUUCAAGAGCAGUGGAAGAUUAUUAUCUAAUUGUGCCGGUUCUGUUUGUUUUUUUUUGUUUUAAAGUGGCUCCGUGAUUCAUUUUUAACACUUUUAACAGUGCGCCAGCAUCAAAAUCAGGGAUUACCUGCUUUGCAAGUAACGAAGAACACGUGAUACAUCUGAGACCCACAUUCGUGCAAGCAACGCUUUGUCGUUCAGAUUUGGGUUUGCGUUCGGAGGCCAUGCUGCUGGAGGGUUCCUCGACAGUUUUAAUAACGCAGGCCUUCUCAUUACACUUCUCAUAACACUGUUUAAAUGCAUUGAUGUUUUUAACCUUUUAUGAUGCUGGUUGCACCGUGAGGAGAUUAAUGUAGAAGCAGAGAUGCAAAAUAAAAUCAGCCUCCACAGAAAGAUG